AUGGAGCCCGGACUUGGAGGCCCUUCUGUGCUACCCCACUGCCCCAAGCCUAGGCAGCAGUCCCCCAUGUGGCCGACCCUGGCCGCCCUGGCCCUGUUGAGCAGCGUUGCAGAGACCUCCCUAGACCCGGCGCUCCGCAGCCCCGCCACCCGCGAAGGGCCUGCGCCCGUCCUGGCUUCCCCCGCCGGCCACUUGCCGGGGGCACGCACAGCCCGUUUGUGCGGCGGAAGAACCCGGCGGCCGCCGCCCCCACCCCGCGUGCGGGCCGCGGGAACGAGGGGCUGCCGCCUGCGCGCGCAGCUGGUGCCGGUGCGCGCUCUUGGCCUGGGCCACAGCUCCAACGAGCUGGUGCGUUUCCGCUUCUGCAGCGGCUCUUGCCGCCGCGCGCGCUCGGCGCACGACCUCAGCCUGGCUAGCCUGCUGAGCACCAGGGUCCUGCGGCUGCCUGCGGGCUCCCGGCCCGUCAGCCAGCCCUGCUGUCGACCUACGAGCUAUGAGGCGGUCUCAUUCAUGGACGUUAACAGCACCUGGAGGACCGUGGACCGCCUCUCAGCCACCGCCUGCGGCUGUCUGGUCUGA